ACUUAUAAAUGUUGUAGGAAAAUACAAGAUAUAGAAAUCCAACCCCUUCCAUCGGUCCUCUCCACCUCCGUUCAGAUGGCCAUCACCGGAUCCCCAGAAUCCACCGCUGAAAUCAGAUCAAUUUACGACCGUUCAAAAGAAGUCAAGGAGUUCGAUGACACGAAAGCCGGAGUCAAAGGACUUGUAGAUUCUGGCAUGGAUAAGAUCCCUAAAAUCUUCAUCCAUCCAUCGGAGAAUCUACCCAAGGCAUCAGAUCCCAACACAACCCACCUCCAGAUCCCGAUCAUAGAUCUCGAAGGGGUCCAUGGCGAUCAACGGAUCCAUAUCGUCAACGAGAUCCGGCGGGCAUUGGAGACGUGGGGGUUCUUCCAAAUGGUCAAUCAUAGCAUCCCAAUUAGUGUACUAGAUGAGAUGAUCGAAGCCAUUCGUAGGUUCAACGAGCAACCGAUGGAGGCCAAGAUGGAAUUCUACAGUCGGGAUCGCACCAGGAAGGUCAGGUUUUUAAGCAAUUUCGAUCUCUACCAAUCGCGUGCAGCAGAUUGGAGGGACACCUUCGUGUGUGUCUUCGAUGCCGUUGAUUCACUGGGGUCCGAAUCACUGCCGCUAGUUUGCAGGGAUGCGUUGCUUGAGUACAAAAAGCACACCGAGAUGCUUGGGGAGACACUAUUUGGGCUUGUUUCGGAGGCUUUGGGACUUAGCCCUACCUAUCUAAGAGACAUUGAAUGCAUGAAAACCCAAUUCAUGAGUUGCCAUUACUAUCCAUCAUGCCCUCAGUCAGACCUGACCAUGGGCACUAAAAAGCACACGGAUCCUGCAUUUCUCACCAUUCUUCUACAAGACCAUAUUGGCGGUCUCCAAGUCCUUCAUCAACAAUGCUGGGUUGAUGUAGCCCCUAUGCAUGGGGCCCUUAUAGUUAACGUUGGAGAUCUUUUACAGCUUCUCUCUAAUGACAGGUUUAAGAGCAUUGAGCAUAGAGUGCGGGCCAACAUUGUGGGGCCCAGGAUUUCGGUUGCGUGCUUCUUCAAUAAUCAUCUCCCUCCAUCAAAUAGGACGUAUGGCCCAAUAAAGGAGCUGACCUCUGAUGAAAAUCCACCUCUAUAUAUGGAAACCUCCGCUGCAGAUUACAUCUCAUACUUCUCUUCACAAGGACUUGACGGGGACCGGCCCUUGGACCACUUUAGGAAGUAUAACGGAGUCAUUUGAUAUGCUGGCAGAGUACGCACAUCCAUAGACUUGCACUCGGCCAUUGUACAAAAGGAUAAGUAAAAUGAAAAUCCAAUCCAUUCACAUCAUGGGGCAUAA